AUGGGGUUGCCCAACUGCUUGAGGAAAGUGAGUCGUUGCAGUUCUCCCUCGAAGCCAAGCAAUUCGUUAUUCAGCAUGAAACUUCUGGUCCUUACCACUCUGCUGGCCGUGGCGAACGCCGCUCCCGGUCUCCUCGAUUACGGACUGGGCCACACCGCCCCGGCCAUCAGCUACGGGCACGCCGCCCCGGCCAUCAGCUACGCGCACGCCGCUCCCGCCAUCACCUACGCUGCAGCCGCUCCCGUCAUCAAGUCCUACGCUGCUCCGGCCAUCAGCUAUGCUGCAGCCGCUCCAGUGAUCAAGUCCUAUGCUGCUCCGUCCAUCAGCUACGCUGCAGCUGCUCCGGUGAUCAAGUCAUAUGCCGCUCCGGCUAUCAGCUAUGCCGCUCCCACCGUGGUCAAGGCGGUGGCUGCUCCGGCCACCAGCUAUUCCCACUUCAGCUCGGUCGUUAACCACGCCACGCCCAUCAUCAAGUCUUACGCCGCCCCCAUUGCCACGCCCAUCAUCAAGUCCUACGCCGCCCCGGCUAUAAGCUAUGCCGCUCCUGCGGUGGUUAAGUCAUACGCCGCCCCGGCUAUAAGCUAUGCCGCUCCUGCGGUGGUCAAGUCCUAUGCCGCCCCGGCCAUUAGCUACGCUGCUCCCACGCUGGUCAAGUCCUAUGCCGCUCCAGCCCUGUCCCUGGGCGGCCACGACGACUACUACGGCUAUCACUAAGCCCGAGGAUCAGCACCGCUCCGACCUGUAGACAAGCAGGGGAGUGGGGACAACGGCGAGGAAUCGCGGCAGCCGUGGCACGUUCUCCUUAGUAUUCUCCUCCUCCUCCCAACUCCACCCCGGACUCCCAUCUUGCUCGCUGAAAACUUCUUAUUUAUUUAAGAAACCUCUAAUACUCUGUCAAGUGCAAAAUAAAGAAAAAUCUCAUUUUUCAAA